AUGUUUUCGAUUUACCUUCAUAUUGUUGUUUUAAUUGCUGUAGUUACUGCAAGUCACUAUAAAGGUGGUGUCCUGACAUAUACAAUUCGCUCUAAUCCAGGCAAUGGAACAUCCGAUAAUGAAUUAAUACAAGUACGUAUUGAACAACGCCAUUCAUGGAUUCGUUCUACUUAUUUUUGUAAUAAUACAUCUCCAAGCUCAGGUGACAUAAUUGGGGGCGGUGCACUUCAAAUAUAUGGAUAUAGAAAUUCAUCAAUAUCGAAAAUUCCUUCGAUUGAUGCCAGAGUACGAUGUACAGAUUAUAGUGAAGAAUUUAAUUAUAGUACUGGUGAAAAUUCAACCAAUAUUGAUCUACCUAUUAACAAUCGAAUAGAAUAUGUGUAUAGCUCAUGUUGUUGGAUUACACUUCUGCCACCUGAUUCAGGCUCCAAUUGGUCAUUAAAACUUGUCAUUAAUACGAAACAACGUCUUGAUGGAACGUAA